AUGUCAGAGUUUUUAGUCAAGAAGCUAGGCUGGCUGUUUGUGGCCUUUACCACUGCACUCAUUACAUUUGUUCCUGUCACUACAUAUGUGUUUAUUUUUGAAAGAUGGUUUGCUUAUCAUCAAGAACGGAACAUAUUUGUAUGGCUGGCACCGUUCUAUAUUAGUGUUUUGUUCAUAUAUAUCAAUUACUACCUCGGAUGCUCAACCGAUCCUGGCAGAGUGCUACGGGAUUACGAUCCCACGAAUGGACUGAAUGCAAAAACCUGUAGUACAGGCGAAGAGCAAGUCAAGCCCAAGUCAACUGUCAAAACAAGAAAGCAGACUUCAAAAGGCCACGAUGGUGUAGAUCUUGUCUAUGUUUCAAACCUCCUCGAAGUCAUCACUGCUCUUACUGCAACAGGUGCAUUUUACGAAUGGAUCAUCACUUUUCAAGAUUUAAGCGCUUCAUCUAAUAUACUUUUUGGUUGGUUCAUUGGUAAAUGUUCAGGUCCGUGGCUUAAUAACUGCAUCGGACACAAUAAUAUUCCACAUUUUAUCAGGUUUCUAUGCUCUGUAACAAUGGCGUCUUUAUCGUGUCUAGUUCUCCUUGGACUGCGGGUAUGGGAUCUGAUCAAAUAUCAAAACUCGCUUUCAAAACUUUAUUCUACAGGUGGUAGUUUCAGAUCAAACGUUGUUGUAUUUUACACUCCUCCGGCCGACGACAAGGAAAUCAUUUUCAUGCUAGUCAACCUUGUCAUCCUGUUUGCCUUGCUGUUCAGUGUCGGAAUCCUUAGUAUAUGGCAACUGUUUUAUGUAGCGUACAAUGUUACAACAAUCGAAUCCAUGGAAAAUGGAAAAAUUGAUGAGCUUAUGCGACGUGGGAAGAUUCCCAACACAUAUGUGUACCCCUAUACGCUGAGUGUGUUUCGUAAUUUUCAGGCCGUGUUUGGUCAGCGUUGGUAUCUGUGGUGGAUGCCUGCCUCUGCUCCUGGCAAUGGGCUGGUAUUUCCAGUCAAUGAAAAUGGGACGCUUGGAUUGUGGCCACCACGAGAGUACUACCUAUACAGAAAGUAUCCAUACGGGAAGCCUUCCAUGGAGGAGCGACGGGCAAACAAGGCAGCGCGUCGUGAAGCUAAAGUAUUCAUGGCUUCUGGCAAAAAGCAUGUGCGACGUGACAGCGAGGGAUAUAUUGUCAAGAAUAUUGUAGCAGAGGAUCGUGAAGAGCAGCUGCGGCAAGCUAAUCUUGCUUUUGCACAGGCUGCCGAAGGAACAGGGGGCUCUACUGAGCAGGAAGCAGAGAUUGUGCAUCUGGAUGAAACCGACGAGUCUAGUACCGAGUUUGAUAGUUUUGAGGAUGACUUUGAUGAUAAUAUUGACAUGGAUGGGAUUCCAAGGAUUUUAGGAAGCAAAGACGAUUUGGAUUCGCCAGAAGGUGCACAUGAUAUUGAUAGUGAUAACGAAAUCCUGGCCGUUCGUCAAAAAAGGCAACAAGGGUUUAAAAAAGUUCAAUGA